AGUUAAUUGAUAAUUGGCGGGAAAAGAAAUUUUAACGAAAUAAAGGUGUUAUUUCAUCUCUGUUGCAAUAGUUUUGAAGGAAAUACUUUACCUACAAUCUUAAAGAAUACUUGAAUGUAAUGUACAAUGCGACUGAAUUAUGGCAGAGAGAAACCAGCUUACCAUCUAUUCCAACAUUUAGUCAAAAUCUGGACAAUGUACUGGGCAAUGAAGGCAUCCAGUUGGGAUCACUUACAGAGUUUUUAGGCUUGCCUGGAACUGGAAAAACUCAGUUAUGUCUCCAACUAUGUGCAGCUUGUCAAAUACCAAAAGCAUUAGGAGGCUUGGAUGCAGAAGCACUUUAUAUUGACACCAAUACAAAUUUCACUAUUCACAGAUAUAAAGAGAUACUAAAAGCUAGUGUCAUCAAGUGUCAGAGACUUCUUGAAGAUUCUGCUAGGUUGAGCGAACAAGAAGCACUCAAAAAACUACAUUAUGUUAAUGCAUUUGGAUUAGAAAAGUUUUGCAGUUUUAUGUACAGAUUGCCAAAGUUUGCGGAGGAGAAUCCGAACAUGAGGCUUAUUGCUAUAGACUCCAUAGCGUUCCCUUUCAAAGAGGGCAUUGAACCCGGUCAAAGGACAGGCCUUCUAUUCAGACAGAUGGCUGAACUGCAACGGUUGGCCGUAGAGAAACAGAUUGCAGUGGUUUUGACCAAUGAGAUGAGCACCCGAGUGGGUCUGUCUGGCGGCGCGUUAGUUGGUUCUUUGGGAGAUGCGUGGGCGCAUCGAUGUAACAAGCGGGUGUUAUUGUCUGUGAACACUGCGGGAGAAAGGCUGGCUAUGAUGCUCAAGAGUAACAAUUCGGCUAACAGUGUUGGGCGUUUUCAGAUUACUAGUAUGGGAAUAAGGGAUGUGAAGUGAAACACAACAUGAACAUACAUCGUUUAAUUUAUAAUUAUUGUAAAUAUAUGUAAAUAGUAUAAACAAAACUACAGCACCAAUAAAUAUCUCAUUUUCACGAAAAUAUCAAGCUUUAAUAUUACAUCUCGUAACAGUUAUACAAAUACAAAGGCAGUUUCAGGUCGGAACUUAACAAGGUAAAUAUUAAAUAUUGUAGUCUUAUUAUGCGAUCUCCUACGACACGAUAGUGAGUAAAACACGUUUGUAGUCCCCCUUCGUAUCAUCCUGCAAAAUAUUACAUUGUACUCCGUAAUAAUUCCGAAUCCGAAUACGUUAACUACUAACAUGCAAAGCUCCAAUCAAAAAAUUUUGUUCACUAAUUUUAUUUUGCAGGAUUAAGCACAAAGUGUGACUAGCACAUUCCUGAAGUCACCCGUUAGGUCUUCCUGUAAACAAUAUCGAAAACCAAUGCUGUAA